AUGGCUAGUGAGGAGAGUUUCGUAGUGUUGGUUCACCACAGAGGAUCCAUUAAGAGGAAAACUCGUUCCGGUGUGAAGUUCACUAAUAAGGAUCCUCUCUGUAUUAUCGUCAGGCCUACGACGAGGUAUGAGGACCUUGUUAGCUCUGUACUGCUGAAACUUGGUCUAGAAGGUGUGAAACGGGUUAAGAAAUUUUUUUAUCGAAUUCCAAUCACGGUGCUCCAGGAAACCGUGAAGUACGAUUGUUUCACAAUCGGGAGUGAUGAGGACUUGCAUAUCAUGUUUCAUUGUCGCCGGCAGUUUCCAGAGGUGAGGACACCAGAACUUUUGGCAAAGUUGGUUGACGCGGUGUCCAGCUCGAGGGGUUCGAACCGGAAUACCACCACUUUAGCCACGGUAGCCGGUUCUAGCUCCAGACGAGCCGUUGCAUCUUCCUCCGUCCCUGCGUACGAGCCACCCGUCCAACCCGUCGUCUCCCCUUCGUUCGCUGUUGAUCUCAACGGCAGUGUAGGCGACGAGGUCGGAGAAGGGGAAUAUCUGCGGACCUCUUUACAGUGUGCUGUACCGGCUGGGGUUGGAGAUGGAUUCUUGGAUGAUCCAGAGAACGAUGAUGUCGAGCCGGAUAUGAUUGCUGAUGACAGUGGCGAUGAUGUUGGAGCAAGUGAGCCUGCUGGGACGGGCGGUGGUUCUAGCUCUGGCACGCAGCAGUACCCUCCACAUUUUUCCUCUUUGGACUUGGAUGCCAGGAGGCAGGAGGGGGUUCCUGGGCAGCCCGCUGGAUUUGGCACUAGAGAUGCUGAAGGGUCUGCAGGUCUGACAGAGUUUCAGGUUGGUCAGCAAUUUCUGGAUAAAGAAGAGGCCCUCUUAAGUGUCAAGACUUACAGCAUCCAUCGAGGGGUACAGUACAAGGUCGUGGAGUCUGACUAUCGCCGGUAUGUGGGCAAGUGUUCUGAGUUCGGCAAUGGGUGCACAUGGUUGAUUCGGCUUAGUCUCCGACAGCGAAAGGGAGUUUGGGAGGUCAAACGUUAUAACGGACCGCAUACUUGUCUCGCCACCUCCAUUUCCAGCGACCACAGGAGUUUGGAUUACCACGUGAUAUCGGCAUUCAUUAUGCCAAUGGUUAGGGCUGAUGCAUCCAUCAGCAUCAAGGUGCUCCUAAAUGCCACCGCCACACACUUUGGGUUUAGGCCAACUUACAGGAGGGUCUGGUUGGCGAAGUAG